AUGCCCAUCAAGGAGUGGUUCGACAACUACUCGCUCGAAGAUCCGGGACAGCAGACGGAUUUGCAAGCGGAGGGUCUCAGCGAGACAGCAAAGUUUCUUCGAGUCCUGGUCGAGCAAGAAGCCCGGAUAUUGGGCGACGAUGGCCAUCGCAGGGUUGUCAUCGGUGGGCUCAGCCAAGGCUGCGCUGCAGCUAUCUUCGCGCUGCUGGGUGGCGAUAUAGAUGGAAACGAGGGCAAUGCGCCAGGAGCAUUUGUUGGGAUGAGUGUCAAGUCAGAAACCAGCAAUAAUGACACCGAGAAUGAGAAUGACUCCCGCAAUGAGAUAAAAAACCACAGUGACAGCGAAGAAGACAUUAAUGACGAGGAUUCAGAGACCGCUUUCUCAGACGACAAUGAUUCAUUUGCCAGAACCAGUCCAGAGCAGGAUGGUUUCAAUCCAUUCGAAGAGAGCGAGAAUGCCCUCCUGGCUAUCCAAGCUCUGAAUCAUGUUCAAGAUAUGCUUGACCUUGCACCCAUGUCUUCCGACCGGUCUCUGGAUGACGUCCCUGACGAGAUUGACGACAUAUUGUGGUUUCUCAAGGCAAAAGUCAACCUGCCGCCUCGUUCUCGAUUGGCAUGUUUCCCCAUGGCCAGCAGAGGAGGAAUUCUACGGCGCAGGGUAGACCUGGAAUUCUACCUUCACCGCGUCUUCCGGAAAACGUCUUUUCGUCCGCUGCAACGAGAGGUGAUCAGCGCAGUUGUUGAGGGGCACGAUGUAUUUUUACAAGCGUCGACUUCGUUUGGAAAGAGCUUGUGUUUUCAACUGCCCGCGGUCAUCAGCAACGGGCUGACUAUUGUCAUAUGUCCUCUGCUUGCAUUGAUGAUGGACCAAGUCAAUGCUCUUCAAGCCAUCGGUGUAGCAGUGUCCACCAUCAACUCCAAUACGCCAAUAGCGGAGAGGCGUCUCAUUAUGGAAGACAUGCUUUCCGGGCAUCCGCGCACACGUCUCCUCUACGUGACCCCUGAGCUGUGCCAAACAGACAGCUUUCGACGCAAUCUCCAGAUCGUCCAUCGGCAGGGCCAACUCACCCGUGUGGCGAUUGAUGAGGCCCAUUGUAUUAGUGAAUGGGGUCAUGAUUUUCGUCCAGCCUAUCAAGAACUCGGUUGGUUUAAGAAAAACCUUGCGGAUCCCGCUGUGCCUAUCACCGCCCUCACGGCCACCGCCACGCCUCGAGUUCGCUCAGAUAUCAUUAAUAUGCUGGGACUGGACCCCUCCCAGCUGAGACUCUUCAACACGCCCUCUGCCAGGCCAAAUAUCCACUACGAGGUGCGCUACCUCGAGGAUUCUGCAAGUGACGCAACUUGCUGUGAAGAUUUUCAAGUGCGAAACCUCCUGCGCUGGCUCAAGUCAAUCCGAACUCGACGAGAAGCUCGCAUCGGCGCAGAAGCAGCAGCGCGCCUUCCACCAAUGUCGGGUAUCAUUUACGUUGGGCUGCGCGCAAUCUCCGAACACCUCGCAAGCCAGCUUUCAGCAGACGAAAGUAUCUCAGCAGUAGCCUACCAUGCCGGGCUGGCCCCACAAGAACGCACUAGCAUCCAAGCCAAAUGGACAUCCUCGCAACCAACCCAACAACCAACUGACGGCAAACUCCCACUAGCAUUCUCAAUCAUCGUCGCCACCAACGCAUUCGGAAUGGGUAUCGAUAACCCGCACGUCCGCUUCGUUGUUCACUGGACGCCACCCCGCUCCUUCGAGGGUUUCGUCCAAGAAUCAGGCCGAGCAGGCCGUGACGGCCGCGCUGCCGCGUCCCUUGUUUACUACAAUACCCAAGAGCGUGACCGCAUCUCCGAGCGGAUCAGUCGCGAUGCAGAAAACGUCCGCCACCGCGGUGGACCGAAGCACUACAUUAAUGGCCUUAUCCAAAACCAGCAGGCUCGGCUGGAGAGUUUUAACAAAGUCAUACGAUACUGCGAGUCUAUUACCCGGUGCCGACACGAGCUGAUCAAGGAUCUCUUUGGUGACUUUGAGCUCGAGGAAAUGGGUUCCCAGAUGCCGCCUUCCUCGCAGGCACCGGCGCAUGCAGAGAUCUCUGGCUCCUUGACCGCGUCUCCGUGUGACUUUGCUUGUGAUUUCUGCAAAGAAGGCCGCGCGAGCCUCGCCAAGCGCAAGGCGAAAAUGGUCUCGGAAGUGCCACUGGAGUAUAUGGCGGACUCUAUGGUGCCGAUCAUCGUACAUGACAUGAUUAGGCGUACGGUUCCCUGA